AUGCUUGAUGAAAUAGUUAUCCAGACUUCUGGGCACGUAGGUGAACCAGCCUGCCGUGUUCCAGGAGACAAUUUUGAGGGUCAUAAGUGCCCAAUGAGCAAGCUGGUCUUUGCACCUUCAUACUGUUUGGUUAAUGUCACUGUGGCUAAAUUGCUUCCCAUUUCUUUAUGCAAUGACAAUUGUCAUCCAGGUUAUAGAAAGGGCAAGAAGGAGGGGAAGCCAUCUUGCUGCUAUGAUUGCCUUCCAUGUCCAGAAGGAAAGAUCUCCAACGAGAAGGACAUGGAUGCCUGCUUCCAAUGUCCAGAUGGACAAUAUCCAAACAUUGACCAGGAUUCAUGUAUUCCAAAAUAUAUAACCUUCUUGUCUUAUGAGGAAACAUUGGGCCUCGGUUUGGCUCUCCUUGCUCUUUCCUUGUCGUUCAUCACAGCUUUGGUGCUGGGAAUCUUCAUUAUGCACAGGGACACUCCCAUCGUCAAAGCCAACAACCGGAGCCUCACCUACACUCUCCUCAUCUCCCUCAUGCUCUCCUUCCUUUGUGCUUUGCUCUUCAUUGGCCAACCUGAGAAGGCAACCUGCCUCCUCCAACAACUUGCUUUUGGCUUCAUAUUUACUGUGGCUGUAUCAAGUGUGCUGGCUAAAACCAUCAUUGUGGUCAUAGCUUUCCGGGCCACCAGGCCAGGGUCUAAAAUGAGAAAAUGGGUGGGGAAACACCUGGCCACCUCAAUUGUUCUUUCCUGCUGCCUGAUUCAAGCCAUUAUUUGUACUGUGGGGUUGUCAAUCUCUCCUCCAUUCCCAUAUUUGGACAUGCACACAAUGCGUGAUGCAAUUGUACUGCAAUGUAGUGAAGGUUCACCUCUCAUGUUCUACUCUGUGCUGGGCUUUUUGGGCUUCCUAGCCAUUGUCAGCUUCAGUGUGGCUUUCCUAGCCAGGAAGUUGCCUGACAGUUUUAAUGAAGCCAAGUUUAUCACCUUCAGCAUGCUGGUUUUUUGCAGUGUGUGGUUGUCCUUUGUUCCAACCUACCUGAGUACUAAGGGGAAGUACAUGGUGGCUGUGGAGAUCUUCUCCAUCUUGUCCUCCAGUGCAGGCUUACUGGUUUGUAUCUUUUUCCCAAAAAGCUAUAUAAUUAUGUUGAGGCCUGAGCUGAACAACAGAGAGCAGCUAAUACAGAGGAAAAAAUCAUCAUUGUAA